AUGGCCGUGCGGGUCAUGACGACGAUGCGAAGCCUGAGCAAAGUCGGUGUGGACUUGGACGUCUUGAAGAGACAGACCGAGGCACUCAAGAACAUCCCGAAGGAGGAGCGGGUCCUGGGAGAGAUUGUCAUCGCCAUUCCUUACGUGAGGACGUCCUCCAUCAGUCGAUGGUGUGUGAAGAACAAAGUCCCCAUCGCAACGAGGCUGCCAGAGCUCAUGGCGCAUGGGAUUUGUCACUGUCUGCACUACGAUCAUGAGAACGAAUUCGAUUAUCGUAUCAUGAAGGCAAGGGAGCUUCUGUUAUUGAGGAAGGUGAGGACGGAGAGUUGGGAGGCAGCGGUGUACAUGGGUGGCUCAGUCAGACAUGUUUCCCAGAUGCAGUCCUCACUGCAAGUCGAUUCCAGCCAGCCAGCGGAGGAAACGCUGAAACCACAUCCUCUGACUCAAGUGCAGCCGGAGGAGUAG